GCUAAUCUCAUGCUAAUGAGCGGCGGCCGCGGCCGCCUGGGGCUUAGCCGGGCUCCCCGCGCCCAGACGGCAGCUGGGCUCCGCCGGCAACCCUGACCCGGGCUGCCGCGGCACGGGCGAGGCGGCAGCCCAGGCAUGGUGGACUGAGACCCGGCCGCGGAGCAGGGCUUUCCCGGGCUUCCGCCAGCGGCCCGCUGCGUGCCCCCCAGCCCCCGCUGCCGGCCCCUUCCCCGUCCCCCCGGCUGCGGUGGGGGCUUUUCCCGCUUCCCGUCUUUCUUUCAGUCCCUAUGGAGCAGCUACCCCCGCCGCCCGACCAUGCCUAGGAAAGCGGGGAAUGGGCAGCUCCCCUUACCCGAUGGCUGGGAGGAGGCGUGGGAUUACGACGGCAAAGUCUUCUACAUCGACCACAACACCAAGCAGACCAGCUGGAUCGACCCCCGGGACAGGUUAACAAAGCCCUUAUCGUUUGCGGAUUGUGUUGGGGAUGAACUGCCAUGGGGAUGGGAAGCUGCAUAUGAUCCUCAGAUUGGUGUAUACUAUAUUGAUCACAUCAACCAAACAACGCAAAUAGAAGAUCCCAGGAAACAAUGGAGGCAAGAACAAGAGAGAAUGUUAAAAGAUUAUCUUAUGAUAGCCCAGGAUGCUCUCAGUACUCAGAAAGAACUGUACCAGGUGAAAGAACAGAGGCUAGCACUUGCACUGGAUGAGUAUGUACGGCUGAAUGAUGCCUACAAAGAAAAAUCAAGCUCUCGUACAAGCUUGUUCUCAGGCUCCUCAUCAAGCACAAAGUAUGACCCUGACAUUCUGAAGGCUGAAAUCUCCACUACAAGAUUAAGGGUUAAGAAGCUGAAGAGGGAACUCUCUCAGAUGAAGCAAGAGCUGUUGUACAAGGAACAGGGCUUUGAAACACUGCAACAAAUUGACCAAAAAAUGUCUGGAGGCCAGAGCGGGUACGAACUGUGUGAGGCCAAAGCUAUCCUGAGUGAAUUGAAGUCAAUCAGAAAGGCGAUAAGUUCAGGGGAGAGAGAAAAACAAGAUUUAAUGAAGAGUCUUGCAAAGCUGAGAGAGAAAUUCAGUCUUGACCAGACCACUGAGACAUCUGAACCAGACUUGAGUUCCAGCUCUGUAAACUCCCAGCUGUGUUUUUCUAGACAAACUCUGGAUGCAGGGUCUCAGACUGACAUUUCUGGUGAGGUUGGAGCAAGAAGUAGAUCAAAUUUAGCAGAGAAGGUCAGACUAAGUCUUCAAUAUGAAGAGGCAAAAAGAAGCAUGGCUAACUUGAAGAUUGAACUCUCUAAGCUAGAUACUGAAGCCUGGCCUGGGGCACUGGAUGUGGAAAAGGAAAAACUGAUGUUAAUCAAUGAAAAAGAAGAGCUUUUAAAGGAACUCCAGUUUAUUACACCACGCAAACGUACUCAAGAUGAGCUAGAGCAGCUAGAAACAGAAAGGAAGAGGCUUGAAGAAGAGCUGCUGUCUGUAAAAAGCACACCCAGUCAAGCACUUGCUGAAAGAUUGAAAUUGGAGGAGAGAAGAAAAGAGUUAGUACAGAAACUUGAAGAAACUACAAAGUUAACUACUUAUUUGCAUUCACAACUUAGGAGCCUGUCAGCUAGUACGUUAUCUGUGUCUUCAGGGAGCAGUUUGGGAUCUCUGGCAUCCAGCCGGGGAUCUCUCAACACAUCAAGCAGAGGGUCGCUAAACUCACUCAGCUCCACGGAUCUCUACUAUAACCAAGGCGAUCAGAUAACAGAUUUGGACUAUCUGUAUAAACUUGACUUCAUGUUGCAAGAAAAAAGUGGUUACAUUCCUUCCGGGCCGAUCACUACCAUUCACGAAAAUGAAGUGGUCAGUUCCCAUGGGAGACUGGGUUACAGUGACUCUCCUUCAGCUGCAGACCAUCCCAAAUUGACUGAACCUCCCAAAUCUGUGACAUCACUGUCUUCCAGAUCCUCGCUGUCCUCCUUGUCCCCCCCAGGGUCCCCUUUGGUUUUAGAAGCUGCAUUUUCGGUGUCCGCUCAAAAUUCCCCUCUGCAUCACCUCGCUACGGACUUUGAAGACUGUGACCUUUUGGGUGACUUUGCAGGCAUUAGUCUCUGUGAGAACCAAAUAUUAUUGGACUCUGAAGCCAGAGCAGCAUCUCGGAUUUCUACAGAUGAUAAAGAUCUUAAUGAAGGCAUUAGGCAGCCUCUGCCUUCUCUACAUGAAGGAAGUUCAGGUGUUGGCUUACCGAGAAGAACAGCUGGUCACCUGCUUGAGGAGAAGGCCGCUUGUGUAUCUGCUGCCGUGUCCGAUGAGUCUGUAGCUGGAGAUAGUGGUGUAUACGAAGCUUCUGUGAAACAACCAAAUGAAACCGAGGACACUGUAUAUAGUGAAGAUGAUGCAACAACUCUAGAGACUGCCCAGGUACAAAUAGGACUCAGAUACGACCACAGCAAUUCAAGUUUUGUGAUCAUCGUCGUACAGCUCAGAAAUCUCCCAGCGUUUUCUGUCCCCCUUGGCUCUAGAGUGUAUAUUAGAGUAGCAGUACUUCCAUCCUCAACUGAUAUCAGCUGUCUGUUCCGCACAAAAGUUCAUCCUGCCAUGGAAACCAUAUUGUUCAAUGAGAUACUCAGAGUGGCCAUUUCCCAAGUCACGCUGCUACAGAAGACGCUGAGAGUAGACGUUUGUGCCGUCAGUAGAAGUCGUCGGGAGGAAUGCUUGGCUGGGACUCAGAUCAGUCUGGCAGAUUUAUCGUUUUCUGAUGAGAUUUGUACUCUGUGGUACAACCUGUUGCCUUGCAAGCAAAUUCCUGGCAAAAAAACCGAACAAAAUGAAGAAUCCGUGUUUCUCUUAACCAAGCAGUCACUGGACUCUUUGGACUUGGAUGCUGUGUCAGCUCUGCUAGAGAGGACAUCUGCUGAGCUGGAAGCAGUAGAACAAGAGCUGGCUGAAGACGAGGAGGAGGAGGAGCAAGAGCAAAGGGGCUCUGAGGAAGACUGGUUAGAAAUGCUCGCAGAAGCCUCUGAUGAAAUUGUGGAUGAAGAGGAAGAUGGCAUCAAGCUGGCAGCAGAAGGCAGCUGUGCUGAGGACUUGGGGUUACUCGCUGACGCACCAGAAAUGGAUCAAGAGAAGGACGGAGAGCCCAGUGACGAGGCCCAAGGAAGCCAGCAAGCUGCUGUAAUGCGAACACUGGUUGAUAAAGAGACUAACACUGAGGAAUCUGUUAACAAGAACGCAACAGUCCGACCCAAGGACAGAGCCAGCUGGAGCUCAAGACAGCGUCCCUUUGUCAGGAACAGCAUGAUAGUGCGCUCACAAACCUUCUCUCCAGGCGAGCGGAACCAAUACAUCUGUAGGUUGAAUCGAAGUGACAGUGACAGCUCAACACUAGCCAAAAAGUCGCUCUUUGUCAGAAAUGCCACAGAACGGCGGAGCCUAAGAGUUAAGCAGCCUGUUUGCCAACCCAUCAUGCGAAGAGCUACGCAAGAGUGCCCCAUACGCACUUCCCUUGACUUGGAGCUGGACCUCCAGGCAUCACGCACAAGACAGAAUCGUCUGAAUGAUGAGCUUCAGGCCUUGCGGGAUCUCAAACAGAAGCUUGAGGAAAUGAAAGGCAGAGGAGAGACAGACCUUCCCCUGUGUGUGCUAGAGGAUGAACGGUUCCAAAAACUCUUGAAACAAGCUGAAAAACAGGCUGAACAGUCAAAAGAAGAACAGAAACAAGGUUUAAGCGCUGAGAAAUUGAUGAGGAAAGCUUCUAAGGAUGUAUGCCGCUUACGGGAGCAGAGCCAGAAAGUGCCACUGCAGGUGCAGUCAUUCAGGGAGAAGAUUGCAUACUUCACAAGAGCAAAGAUCAGUAUACCAGCCCUUCCAGCUGAUGAUGUAUAAUAAUGCAUUUUCAUUGAAGUGUUUUUACAGUUGUUCAUCUCUUUUCAGAUGAACUUUGUAGUUCCAGUGACCUGCUUUUAAAGAUCUUCUAUUUUACAUUCACUAUUGAUAUGUUUAUUUGUAAAAUAUAGUGAAUUGAAUUGUUGUAUGCUUAAAAAAAAAAUGGCAAAACCCCCAACAACCCAAAAACCAAAGUAGAUUAAUUUUGGUAUACUGAUGCUGAUUUUGUACAGUUUGUAUGUAUUGCAUGUGUGUGUUUAUUUUGUAAAGAUGGAACAAAGGAACAAAGGCAGUACUAAGCAUGUAUCCUGUUGAACUGCACUGUUGAGAAAUAUUACGUUCAACAGAAGAUUGUUUUAUCUUUUCACUAUUUUCAUGUGAGCAGACUGUGAAGAUGGCUGUUUUGCCAUGCAAUAUUUUUGUACAAGAGUGUGACUUUUAUAGUUUAAAGUUAAUGACAAGUGUAAGCUCCUUUCCAAAACAUCAAGGCUGCCUCGCAACAGCUGCUAAGUAGAUUCAUCACCCACAUUGGAAUUUUGUUUCUGAAAAAAACUUCUUCUGGUUUUGUUUUUUAAUAACUUCUAGGAGGAGACGGAGUUCAGAGUUUAGUUUUGUGAAUGUACAGUAUUUCAACCUGCACUAAAAGGUUUCUUGCAUCUGUGGGAGAGUGAGAAAGGUAAGGCAGACAAGAAACCCUGAAAGCUUAUUAUGAGACUACGAAAAGGGGCAGCUGUUUUCUGAACUGGAAGCUGAAUCAAAUUCAUAAUACCAACAUUGAAAUCAGAAUAGUUAUAUCCACUGUAUGCUUAAAAAUGAGGGUUUCUCUGUGUUAAUCUUUUGUCCUAGGGCUGUCUUAUUGCCAACUACGAACACGUCAAAGUGUUUGUUAGGUUUAGAAAUACGAAGAUGUUUCAUUGAAGUAUUUGUACCAGGAGAAAAAUCUGUCACAUACUAAGUCAGAUACCAGAAGUCUUGUUGGUAAGGUAAACCCUUUCUGAAAAAGAAAAGCUCCUGCCUAGAAGUCCCUGUAUGCAGGUGAGGGUGCACAGGUUUAAUAAAUAAUGUGAAGGGCAGAUUUCAAAUUUGUCUUACAUGAAGCAGCCUGCUAGGAAGCAGCAUCAACUUGGAUGUAUUCUGUUAGAAGUCCAGAACAUUAGAUGUAGGUGUUUAAGCAGCCCAGUCUUGGUAAAGCAGUUGGGGUCUUACCUCCUGUGGGUACUGUGUAAGUAGGUGGACAGUGCAGAUAACGGAAUUAUUUCAUUUUCUACUUAAUAUGUUGCACUCAGAUAUAUUUAAUUCACUGGCGAAAGUGUUCUUCCCCAAGCAACAAGCCGCAUAUGCAUGGACUUCAUCUUUCAAAAAGGCUAUAAUUACUUGGUGAGAAAGUGGCAGCAAAUAUAACCACGGUAUGAUAGCAGCUGUCUUAAAUUCAAAAUGACAAUUCUGAGAUGAGAGGUCUGUGUAACACCCAAGGGUUUUCUUAUGCACAAAUGCAUCCGUUCACUUAACUGUAUAGCCAAACAUGCUAUUUUGGGCAAGAUGACUGAUUGAACAUCCUUUAUGAAUGCCCCAUUUGUUUUUUGUUUCUUGGGUCUGAGAUAACAUUCAUGUUUGAAAGGUCAAUUUAAAAAAAAACCCAACAAAAUAACAAAACCAAAUCUGGAAUUAUUUAAUGUAGAGGUGAAAUGAAGGUUGACAGUUUCAACUUCUCAAUUUGAUUAUAUAAGUUGUUUGUAGAAUGAUGUUUAGAGGUGUACUUUAUGAUUUUUCUUUUAUUUAUUUACAGUCUUUUAUUUAUGUUUGGUUUAAUAUAGUUCAGUUCUGGCCAUAAAAAUAUUUGACAUUAAGGAUGCUAUUGUGAAAAAUAUUUAGAGCUAUCUAAAUUCUUGCCAGAUUAGCUGUUUCUUCUCACAUGUUGAAUAAUUUUCAAAGAAAAAGUAUUAUCUGAUUUGUAAGCAUGAGGUGACAUCAAAAUUUAAGUAUUUCUGGCUUUAGCUUGCAAAAUUAAUUUAAAAGUGACAGACUUAAACUUAUUCAUGCUCCUCAUUUUCCAGAUUGCUCAACUUUAGUAGGCAGCUUUUAACAAUUUACAUUUGGAGUUUUGGGGUUUUUUUCUAAUUCAGUUUGUUCACACUUGAAACACUCAAUAAGCUAAAAUAAUACAAUAACACAAAUAAAUCCCCAUCCAUUUAAAAUUAUAAAUAUUAGUCUUGAAGUGGAAUUUACUCUGCACAGCAAAAUGUAACGAAUGUAAUUAGUUCUAUUUCCAGGUACCAAUGUCACUGCAGUUGCAUAUAUCAAAAUUAAAUAUUUGCUGGUACAAGAAUAUUUGGCUGAAUGAGCAAAGUUUAGCAGAAAUUGUAAAAGAACACAAAUCAAAUAAUUUUAAGAUUUAUUUUUUUCUAUUGCUAUGUUUAUACUGUAUUAAAUAUCAAAUGCUCAGGACUGAACUAAAUAUUUAAUCAGGUUAUAUUCUGAAUGGUUUCUGUUCUAAUUUUGUCUGUAAGAGUAUGCAAGUACGUCACAUAGAUUUGUCUCUGCACUUUCCAUGUGUUUCAGUGAUUGGAAAAUACAUUUUUUAACAAAGUU